AGAGGUAUCUCAGAAUGCAUCGAACGAGCUGGGGAUCCUGAGAGGUCCUCCGAAUAUCAUCAGCGCUUUUCUCUGCGGGAAGAUGGUGGUCACGGAUUUUACUUUAUCGGGUUGAGGGACUGAUCGGGAGCUAACUAGAGCUAGACGGCCUACGCCAGGUAACAGCGCCAAGCUUCUCCUGCGAACCACCUCACGAACUACUGCUUCGCUGUCUCUCAAUUGCUUCACGCGACAAACCCAACGACAUCUCGAAGCGAAGCCAAACAUCCCCUAGCUUCGAAUCCCCCACACAACCGUCAUAAUGAAGUUGGUCAGGUUUUUGAUGAAAUGUCAGAACGAGACUGUGACCGUCGAGCUCAAGAACGGCACCAUCGUUCACGGCACUAUCCUCAGCGUCGACGUCAAGAUGAACACCGCCCUGCGCACCGUUAAGAUGACGAUCCGCAACCGCGACCCAAUCGCCCUCGACACAAUCAACAUCCGUGGCUCCACCAUCCGCUACUUCAUCCUGCCGGACUCGCUGCCGCUCGAUACCUUACUGAUCGACGACGCACCCAAGCCCAAGAACAAGGCGCGCAAGGAGACCGACCGAGGACGCGGUGGGCGUGGUGGUGGUGGCGGUGACCGUGGUGGACGCGGUGGAAGAGGGCGGGGUGGUGGAGGUGGCGGCGGUGGUGGCCGGGGCGGUGGAAGAGGAAGGGGUGGUAGGUAGCUUCAUACACGAUACUGAGUUGUGGAGUGUAUAUCACCAUUGCCGGAAGCGCUGUUUACUUGCAUACCUUUUUUUUCUUCUUCGAUGGUAGCGGAUGGCUUUUACGAGAUUGCAAUAAAUUAGAGAUCUAUGAGGUCCGAUAGCUUCCGAUAGUACUCG